CCAUCUCGGGGUCAGGGAAGGGGGCCAUAGCGUCGCUGUGAACGUCCUCAUCCACAUCCAGAGGCCUGGCAUUCAUGACCAUGACUGGCACUGGGGGUGGGGUUGUUAGGUCAUGGGGUCCGCGAACGGAGAUGGGGUGGAUCCAGUGUUAUAUUCAAUUAAGGAUUCUAGUGAGCUCCGGGUGACUUCGGAUUCUCUGUAUAACAUCGACGGCUGGGAGGGAGCCUUGGCUGUUCUCAGCCAUUCAAUCAGGUCUGCACUCCUAGCUAUGCCCCAAUGCUGCGCCCACUCUGCACGAACGAUGUUGUCAACCUGGGUGGCUGAGGUCAAGGAGACCUCCAGGCUCUUCAGUGGCCUUCAUUCGUGGGCCACCGAAUUAGAGGUGGUAGGUAACUCAUAUCGAAUGAGGAAAAUGUGUUUUGGCACUCUCUGUCCCAGCCAGAAAAGUCAUCUCUAAAUGACGUCUAAAAGACAUAUUAGGUCUAAAUUUUUGACCCUUUACAAGUCUAACUGGUCACAAAAAAGGACUUAGUUGACCAAUAUGUUUUUCUUUGUAAAAGUGUUUCUGGGUUUCGUGAAAACCAUUUUAAACCAUGACCAUUGUUUUGAUUACUAUCGUGGUAAGAUUGAUCUGU